AAGUUAAAAUCUAUUCAAUUUUAUUUUCUGUAUGUUAAAUAAUACAAAACAAAUUGUUAUUCUUCAAAAGCUUAAACUUGUACUAGAGAAUGGUCUCUGAAUAUUUCUAUACUUAACACUCUCCCUCACGUCCGGACUCGAGGCUUUUCGCAAGGCACGUGACGUGACCUUGAAUUAAAUGGGAGGAAAUUAAUAAUGCCGGGAGCCUAGCGUGAUUCGAACUCAGGACCUCUUGCUCAGAUAAAAACUUUUAUUCUCUAAAAGCUUAUACUAGUAGAAAAUAGUGUUUAAAUAUUUUUACACUUAAUACUGUACAUAACUAUGUCAUCAUAUGCAGGCCAGAGUCCGGCUAUGGUGCUUUAAAAGCACCAAGCACUUGAUGCUUGUAAGUUUUCCGCUGUUAGAUCAAUUUCUUUGACCAAUUGCACCCCUUAGAUUAUGCUAUUUCACCAACCAUCCACUGAAACUCUAGAGGAUCGCUAUUAUCCUAACCCUGUGAAUCUUCAUAAAAAGGCCGAAAACCUACAAGCACCAAUAUCUUUGUGUUUCUAAAAGCAUAGGAGCUCAAUUCAUAUGGGCCAUAUCUUUUACAUUUAUUACUUCGUAUGAAGGUUUAUCAUUUAAUAACUUUCUUUUCUAAUUUCAGACUUAUUUCUUUUUGCAUAUGGAAAAGUCUUUUCUGCUGUAUCUGAUUGCAUUAUAACACAUGUUCCGGGAUAAUUCACUAUUUAUUUUUAUCGUCUCUCUGAUAAUUCUGGAAUUCCGAGAUACUAUAAUACCUUGGUGUACAACUUUUUUGGAUGACCAUCAUCAUAUGGAAACUCUUGUACCAACCAACCUUUCAUUUGCUCGUGGAGUCCCCAAACCUCAAGAAAACUGUUAUAGUGUUGAAAAGGAGAGGCAAAAGGGAGCACCCACAUGGAGUGAAGCUUUGGAGGAGGCCAAUAAGUUAGCUUGUUUGCGCAACACGUUGAGUAGACGUGGUAGAGGGAGGGCCAAGCCCAAGUUUUCUAUUCACACACAUUCAUGUGAAUCCUCACCUUCUAGAUUUAAGGACAAGAAUGAUAAGUGUUACGAAGGCUCUUCCAGACGACAUAUAUCCCACCCUACAAUGUCAGAACAUCCGAGGCCUGAAAUGUUUGAAAAUGUCGAUGAAGAGAUUGAUGAGCAUCCUCUUGAGUCAGUUACUGCUGAAAUGAGAGGAGCACUCCCUUCAAUGGCUGAAAUGCUUGAAGAUCUGCAAGAGAAAAAUGGCAUUUCUAACCGAUCCCUAAGUUUGCUUCUGCAUAAUGUAAAAAUGAAGGAGAAAAAGACAACCUCUUUUGGAAGGACAAUAGUGCUUAAUUUAGGUGAUAGAGAUAUUGACGAUGACGACCCUCUCGAGUAUGUGGAUGGUGAAGCGUCUGCGGAGGAUGAAGUAAUCCUUAACAUAGAUGUUGAUCAACAGGAUUUAAAUCUGGCAAGUCAGAAAAUUAGAGGGCAGACUAUGACAGAUUUGUUCCAAGAUGCUUUUACUGCAUCAGCUUUGGAGGAGCCUAUGGUUCAGGCAGCUAAGUUCUCAGGAGCUGGUUAUUAUGGGAGGCUACAGCGAGUUAUGCAGAUUGAAAAAGAUAGGCAUCUGGAAUUCUUAAAGCAAUCUCGUGGAGGUCAAAGCUCUUCAAAUGAUUUUAGGGGCUUUACUGUGCAGAUUUUAUCAAGAUGUUUGGAAGGCAAGCUGACCGUUUGCCAUUGCUCAUUUGAGGAAGAUACUGAGUAUUCCUCAGGCGUGAAGGGCCCAAUCGAAUGUGUUGUAGAUGGAGGGACUGUGAAGAGGACAGUAAUAUUUAGUUCGAAGAUAUGCGGCAAUGUGGAUAUUGAAGUAGGAAAAUUCAUUCGCAUGUACCCUCCAUGGAAAGAAGUUCUGGUGAAAGAAGAUGAGAAGAUCAUUCUCUGUACAUAUUUUUCAAAUGUAAUGGCAUAACUAGUCCAUCCAUGCCAUGUGCGAAGGUGAGUUAGCUGCUUCUUUUGGUCAAUUUUGCUUCGACAGAGACGUAAAAUCUGCAAAAUGUGGAAGAUCUAACUGAGAGAUGUUUUGAGGACACUAAUUCACUAAGUAAUCAUACUGUAAAAUUUGUAAUUCAAUAAGAUUGAUAUAAAUUGCAUGAAUUGAAGAGUCCAUCUUUAAGAGGUUCAAUGGCGAGCGAUAGCUCCUUAGGUUUCUGACCUUUUGGCGUAUUACGACUUGGCUUUAAGUGUUUCUCCAAAACGUAUUGUUCCUUGUAACUUACCUUGUAUCAUACAUAGAUUUAUUUUUCUGCAGUAUUUAGUACAUAUCCUUGGAGAUGUCACAAUGAGUGGCUCUUCAAGGUUUUUAUGUUUUUUGUUUUUCCGUCUACUUAGCAUAUAAACACUUCGAGAUGUGUGCGGCCUCGGCUGUCGUAGCAUCUGAUGUUUGUAACUCACUACCAAACUUUGAUUUACUGGCAACUGUGAAUCAACUGUUUGGGUUUCAUAUUAUAUAUAUACCUAAAUUUUGAAUU